UCCUUGAGGCUGGGGUGGCGGGUGAGCCCUGUGGCCAGGGCCCCAGCUUCUCUGUGGAGGCUCCAGGGCCACAAGAGGAGUUUCCACGUGGGCCCUCGCUCCCCUCCACGGGCCGGCCUGCGGGUCACCCCCUUUCCGGGUGUCUCGUCUCCCCCGGGAGCGAGGAAACGCGGGGCCGGGGGCAGUAGCUCGGCCGCUUCACGUCCCGCGGAAUCCGGACCCUGGUUGCCCCCCCCGUGUCCCCCGCGGCCGGGUUAUAAAACAGCCGAGGAGGGCCCGCCCCCGCCCUGCGCGCCCGGCUGUCGCGGUGCUGGGCCAGGUCGGGCAGCGGAGGCCGCGGCGGGAAGCAGGGAGGAGUGCCAGGGGGGCACAGCGGGAGAUGGGCUCUGGCUAACACCUUUUACACUUACAACCAGGCCCUGCUGUGUUAGCCAGCGGGGCAGACAGAAUGACCCCUGAGAACCAGUCAAAGGACAAGAAGCAUGUGAGGGUGUAUGAGCAUCAGCGAGAGGAAGAUGCAAAAUCAACUGGGAAGAGGAAACGAGACCAUGGAGAACUGGAGAAUGAGCCGCAAGCAAAAAGAUUGUUUCUGAGAAAAGCAGCCAAGCCCUCAGGGAAAAUUGGCUGGGCUGAAGGUGGUUCCAUGUUCGGAAACACAGGGGUGCUCUUCCAUCAGGUGGAGAGGCAGUGCAGCAUCAUCCACUACAUCUACCAGAACAUGCUGGGGGGCUCUAUUCGAGCACAGCUCAAGCAGUGUCUCCAGCUUCCCUUUGUGCGUUCUCUUACUUCAUACCGCCUCUUCCGAACAGCGAGUCCCUUUGACAGGAGAGUGACAUGUCUGGAGUGGCAUCCAACUCACCCCAGCACUGUGGCUGUGGGGUCCAAAGGUGGAGACAUCAUCCUGUGGGACUACGAAGUACUGAAUAAAACCUGUUUCAUAAAAGGGAAAGGGCCAGGAGACUCCCUUGGAGGCAUGAAGUUCAGCCCAUUUGAGGCAGUGAAGCUUUAUGUGGCAUCAGGGGAUGGCACCCUUAGUCUGCAGCAUCUGGAAGGCAAAGCGGCGCAGGUGAUCUCCCGCACCCCAGACUGUGGCCAUGAGUACCAUGAUGUUUGUUUCUGGUACUGCAGUGUUGAUGUGUCUGCGAGCUGCCGGACCGUGGUGACAGGCGAUAAUGUGGGUAAUGUGGUCCUGCUCAGCACCGGUGGUGAAGAGAUUUGGAAGCUGAAAUUACAUAAGAAGAAAGUGACUCAUGUGGAGUUUAACUCGCGCUGUGAUUGGCUCCUGGCUACAGCUUCUGUGGACCAGACAGUCAAAAUCUGGGACCUGAGAAACAUCAAAGACAAGUCAAGUUUCCUUCAUGUGCUGCCUCAUGACAAACCUGUCAAUGCUGCUUAUUUCAGCCCAACGGAUGGUGCUAAACUCCUGACCACAGACCAGCAUAGUGAGAUCCGAGUCUAUUCCUCUUCAGAUUGGACCAAACCACAGCAUCUGAUCCCACAUCCGCAUCGGCAGUUCCAGCACCUCACACCUAUCAAGGCGACAUGGCACCCUCGUUAUGACCUCAUUGUGGCUGGUCGCUACCCAGACCCUAAGUUCCCAGGAUACACAGUGGAUGAGCUGCGAACUGUUGAUAUAUUUGAUGGAAACACUGGGGAGAUGGUGUGCCAGCUCCACGACCCGAAUGCAUCUGGCAUUAUCUCGCUCAAUAAGUUUAACCCUAUGGGAGAUACACUGGCCUCUGGUAUGGGCUUUAACAUUCUGAUCUGGAGUCGGGAAGAGAUGGUGACCAAGAAACAGGAGCAUCUCUUGAAAGCUAUGACAGAGCAGGGAAUGGGAAGCAGAAGCUUGUCCAGGCAUGGGCUCCAGAAGCAGUCAAACCCAAGGGCAAGCAAACUCAAAACGAAGCUGCUUGCUCUGGAACUAGAGGGGACUAAAACAAAGGGCAAAGAUCCCAAAUCACAGGGCAGGAAGCGGAAGGAUCUGGAGGAUUGAGCAGACACCUCCAGGCUUUCUAGAUCAUGCUGGACAAAGCCAGCUCUGGCACAGUGGGCAACAUUUACCCUGAGGGGCACCCAGCCUUCUGCUUUGUCCUUCCUUGCUGGGUAGGAAGUUGCUGCUUGUACUCUCUGCUUUCCCCUCUAGAGGGUAGUGUCAUUGCUCAGCUCCUCCUCCUGGGUGACACAUUUUAUCAAGCACUAUGGGAGCCUGAAUGUCAGCAUGCCCUGUGCUGGCAUCCAGUUAAUGGAACCACAAAACGAAGCAUUAUGCUUAUGUGUGAUUCUUGUUCUUUAAUUAUCUGGGUCAGUGGCUAUGAGGUCAAUAGGGGAGCAGCCAGGGCUGAGCUGGGCCUCUGCUGAUGCUGUAGUUUAUAUCUUCAGAGCUUUAGUCUCUCUCCUGCAGUGCACCAGCCAGCCCUGUUUUCAGUCUUGUACCCCAAAAUGUGGGGAUAGGUGUUCCCAAAGUGGAACCUGAGGACUGCCUUCCCCACCCCCCUUCUCAUAUAGCUAUAUCUCAGGGCUGCUGUUAACCUACAAGUUUUUAUGUUUGAAAGUUAGCCUGUUUACAAUGCUGCCUGGGGCAUAGGUGGAGAAUCUGCCCUCGCUAGGGCUCAGGCCCUGCUGGGAAGCUUUGUUAAUUUCAUGGUGUUUAUAAUAUUCAAGUGUUAAUAAAGUUUUGUACAAAACAG